CCUCUCGCAUAUAUACAUACACACACACACACACACACACACACGCUUACUCACUCACUCACUCACACAGUCACACAACUGGAGUCCUCCAAGUCGAUGAAGUUUCUCUGUGAAGUUUCCUCCGUGCGCAGAUCAGUCGGCAGCAUGUCCAACAAGUGGGGGAUCCUGUGCGCCCUGUCGCUCUUCGCUCUUGUUGGCGCUUCCAGAAGAGAAAGAGGACACGGAGGUCCGACGGAACGCCUCAUCUUCAACGAGCUCUGUGCCAUGAAGGACGACCCGGGCGACUGCAAGGCCAUCAAAGACCGGUUCUUCUUCAACAUCAACACCGGCCGCUGUGAGGUCUUUGAAUACGGAGGCUGCGGCGGCAACGAAAACAAUUUCGAGACCCUGGAAGAGUGUGAGGAAACGUGCGUUGUCUCAGAUGACAAGGACCCCUGCCACCUCCCCGAGUCUAACGGUCCCUGCCGCGCCAUGUUGUCGCGCUACCUCUUUGACAGCGCGAGUCAGCAGUGCAGGCAUUUCUACUACGGCGGCUGCUUUGGCAACGCCAACAACUUCAAGAGCAUGGCCGAGUGCCAGGCCAAGUGUCAGAACACGGUAAAACCUACCAAGGCUUCGGAGGUCCCGACGCAGGCCACGAGCCGAGCCAUGGAGGUUCAGCCAACCGUACCGAUAGAAAAACGAGCUGUGAUUGAACCUCUGAUCCAGGCCAACAACACAAAUGCCCUGACUGCAGACUUCAGCCCGUCCGAGCUGUGCUUCAGCCCCCUGGACCGGGGGACGUGCCACGGCGCCGAGAAGAGGUUCGCCUACAACCCGCAGACCAAGAAGUGCCACACGUUCACCUACAGCGGCUGCGGGGGCAACAAGAACAACUUCCUGCUCCGGAAGCACUGCAUCCACAAGUGCAUCGGGAUCAAGACGGGUCACGGGAGGAAAGUGAUCCGGAUCAGGAAGAAAAACAUCGAGAGCAUCGUGAGCCGCUUGGAUUGAAGACGCCGUGAAGUCCCGCCUCUCUGUAUUUAUGUCCAUAUUUUGCGUCUGGCUUUACCCGUCGCAGGUGUUUUAAUACCACAGUGCUGCUUCUCUCAAGCCAAAUCUGAUCUUGAAGUUCGAUGACAAAACACCAAACGCACUCCAACACGCAGAAACCCUCCACACGCUGAGGCACGACGUUAACAUUCAAUAGGAAAUAUCUCAAGUUAAAUGUUUGUCGUGUUUCUCUAACUUUAAUAUUAGAACAUCUCAUCAACUCACACUUCAUGCUAAAUGUGUGUGUGGUGUUCAGCCCCACUGUGAUUGGCCCCAUUUGCCAAACGUUUUUCGCAGAUACAUCAAAAAUCUCCUGGCAGACACUUCAUCCUGCAGACGCUGGAUUAAUAAAUACAUCCUGAGGCAGUUUCUUCAAGUCCUCCAAUUGUAAAAGAUGAGACUGGCGGCACUCAUCAACAGUAAAUCCCAUCCAAAUCCAAUGAAAUUCCUCAUUGUGACUCUAUUUUCUGUUAUGUACGCAUAAUAUUGUAGUGGCCUGGGGUGAGUGGCCGAAAGGCAUUGUGGGACAUGUUCUGGGCGGGGGUUGUUUUGUUGGUUCAGAAGCGAUUGUGUUAAUGUUCUUAAGCUGUUGUUGUUGUUUUGUGCCAUAAUCAGUUAUGUUAUUCAGCAUUUAUUGUGUUACUGUGGCCGGGUUCUGUGAUUUAUGUUACACUGGGAGUGAUUUUGAUACCGCUGCUGCAUCAGAUGCUGUGUGUGUGUGUGUGUGUGAUGGUGUUUGGGUGUCUGUCAUAAAAAUUGGAGCUGCAAAAUCCCAAAACACUCCUAAUUUCACCUGCAUCGGCAUUACAACAUGCAUUCUGGAGAAGAUGUGCAGUUGAAAACACACAGGAUGUGGCGGAUUUAGCUCGAUAACACAACGUUUGAAAAGGAAAUUCAACGUAAAAUUUUUUUUUGUUUUUCAAAAUUUUCAAUCAAUGACAAGAAACAUGGCUUGUUUUGCUGGUGUGUUCUAUAGCAGCUGAUCUCGCUGAGGACAUGGGCUUCACUGUGAUGCUCCUGUGUGUAAAUUUCUAGCAGUGAACAGAAGGGGGCAGUGUUGUCCAAAGAAUGGAGGCUCUGUUCAGCACUGCAGCCUUCACUGCUGUUUCAUAAUCAUUUCUGUAACAAGAGUUCAUGUAAUAAAAUCCAACCAACAUAUCGUC